UGGAAUUGGAAUUAAUUGUUAUCAUUAACCACAGUGCAGACGAAGAGAUAUGUCGUUCCACAAUAGAAUGAUUGUGCUUUUUGGUUGUGUUCUGCUUUUGCUCAGUUAUUCUUCAGCAGAGAUUAGUUUACAGGAAGUUUUCACGAAGGAUGUAACUGAAAAAUGUGGUGAAGUGUUCCUUAAGCUGAGCCCCAUGCUGAAAGCUAAAAUGUUGGAUGCCAGCUCGAAGUUAAUAACAAGUGGUUUAAUGGAAGGUAAUAUAGUGGAUCUUGGGGAUUUUGAUGAAUGCCUCUCCAUAGAAAACGAAAGUAGUGAGAUCUAUGGUAAAUAUUGCCUUGCCACAGUUGAAAUCAACACUUUUCUAUCUGCUUUACACUCAACUGAAGGAAAUACGACAUCUCUAUUGCUUCAACAGACCCAAACAAAAAUAGAAAAAUUCGCAAAUUCCAAAUUAGCCGGUGAAAUAUCGUCCCUUUUAAAGUUGUACACCUCAUUUGCCCGAUUUGGUAUCUGUAUACCAGAUAAAUGUAAGCCUAAAAAUAUUGGAUUUCUUCAUUUAGACGAGGAGAAAUGUUCAACCAAAAAUAGUAAUGAUGAAAUGGAUCUAUUUGCUUUUACUACUCUGGUCAUAUUAUAUAUUUUUAUCUUCAUAGCCAUUCUUUCUACUUGCUACGAUAUCAUUAACCAGAAAUUAUCACUUAAACCAAAACACCCGAUAUUUGUCGCUUUUUCUUGUUACACCAAUGGAAAAAAACUUUUUGGAACACAGACGAAUUCAGAUCAGCUCAGUUGUUUGCAUGGCAUAAAAGUUCUAAGUAUGGUUUGGGUGGUUUUGGGACAUAGUUAUCUCAACAUGUUCACAACUUCAUUGGACAACUUAUUCUAUGUCAAUGAGUGGAUUGACAACCCUACUAACAUGCUCAUUCUAUCGGCAACACUUUCUGUUGAUACUUUCUUCAUGAUUGGAGGUCUUCUAACAGUUUACGUAUUCAUGAAAUCUCCCCCGAUGAAAACCAAAGAGGGGUUGAAGAAAAUACCCAUGCUGUAUAUACACCGGUAUCUUAGACUUACACCAGCUUUUGCUAUGAUGGUACUUAUAUAUGCUUCUGGUCUCGUUAAGUACUUUGGGGAUGGUCCAAAAUGGUACACAUUGAAUUCUGCAAUUGAAAAUUGCAAGGAAAACUGGUGGGCUGCUUUGCUUUACGUGCAGAAUUAUAUGGACUACUCGAAAAUGUGCGUUGUCCAAACUUGGUACCUUUCCGCUGAUUUUCAACUCUUCUUAAUUACUCCAUUUUUCUUGAUACCCUUGAGAAAAUGGCCUAAGUACAUCAUACCAUCAUUUUACAUCAUUGCUGUAGUGGGAAUGAUUAUACCUUUCAUAAUUGGAUAUACCAACAAAUUCGGAGGAGUUGGUUAUGGGUCAACUACAUCUGUAUUCGCAAAUAACUACUACUUUGUAACACAUGCAAGAUUUGCACCUUAUGUCAUUGGUAUGAUUGCUGGUUACUACAUUUUUUUGGCUAAAAAAAAGUUAAAUCCUUUAAAACUAGAAAUGUGUUAUGUAUUCUUCUUAUGGAUUUUGGCGUUGACUGGAAUUGUUGGAUGCAUAUUCGAUGGAUUCAAGUUAGUUAAGCAUAGCGAUGACGCAUGGGCUGAUGGUAUUUACAUGGGUUUCAACAGAUCUGCAUGGUCUUUAUCAAUAUCACUUCUAGUAUUCUUGUGUUCAACAGGCUAUGGGGGUCCAAUACAAAAGUUUCUCUCUAUGCCAUUAUUCAACAUAGUGGCAAAACUCACCUACUCCAUGUAUCUGGUCCAUUACAUAGUUAUAUUAUGUGUAAAUGGUGUUUCAAGAACAAAAUUUCACUUUUCCAAUUUCAGCAUUAUGUCCAAUUUCUUCACAUAUUUUAUUUUAACUUUUAUAAUUUCUAUACUAUACUGUCUCAUAUUUGAAUCUCCAAUGAUCAUUAUAGAAAGAAUCAUUUUUCCAACGAAAAGGAAUAACCAAAAUAAAGAACUUCCAAAAUAGAUUUCAUUAGAAGUUUUGAGACUGAUAGUAGUAUAUAAAUUAUUGUAUAUAUUUAUUAUUUUUACAAUAAAGUUUAUUUUAUUUGAA